AUGUUUGCAGUACCGACACUGCAGAGCAGUCGGAAAGGACGCUUUUGGGGAACCACACCCGCUUUCCCAGGGAGACCGCCUGUAGCGCACCUACCGCUGCCUGUGUGCUGCUGCAGCACAAGGACUGGAACUGGUGACCCCGCGGACCCCCUCGAGUCAUUCCUGGGUCGAGUGCAAGCAGCGCCCGCCCUGCGCGGACUCCAAGCGGCCGAUGCGUCCUGGAAACGCCUCCAACAAACCGGGUCGGCCGCAGUCGGUCCACCAGAAGAGGUCGUAACUUGUUGUCGACAACCGGAGGCGCGACAUACGAAGCCGAGUGAUUUCGAUGUCGUUGUGCUUGGCGGAACGCUCGGCAUCCUAAUCGGGACGGCUUUACUGCGACGCAACUCGCGUUUGCGCGUCGUCGUUGUCGAGCGUGGGGCACUCCGCGGCCGCGACCAAGAGUGGAACACCAGUCGGCGAGAGCUGGAAGUGCUCGUUGCAACCGGCGUGCUCUCGCAUGAGACGCUUGAAAAGGUUAUCCGUUCGGAGUGGAGGUCCAUGCGUGUGGGUGUCGAAGCGGCUGCUUCGAGGAGCUUACCCGACCUUUCCACAUUCAUGGUGCAAGACAUUUUGAAUAUCGGCGUAUCACCGCGCGCCCUCAUCGACGAAGCGCUUGCACAGUUCACGGAGCUAGGUGGUCAAGUUUGGGAAUGGUGUCAGUUUCAGGGCGCGGAGACCAAUGGCAGAAACGUACUUGUGCGUCUCGAGUGCGUUCCGGGUACCGUGCAGCGUCCUGCAGUGGCCCUCGGAGCCGGUGGCGAUCAGGCUAUCCUGGCGACUCCACUGUUUCGGACGUCGAUGACGGCUGAAAGUCGAUCAAGGGAGCGCUCCUCAGAACCGAUUCGUAAGCAAAUCCGGGCAUCCUUGGUACUGGAUUGCAUGGGUAAUGCCUCACCGAUCGUGCGGCAACAGCGCGAGCUCGUGUAUGGUCAGAAACGGCCAGACGCAGUGUGUAUGGUGGUCGGCUCGUGCUGCAGAGCGCAUCCCGGGCACGAUCCCUUUCCUGAUAACACCUCUGGUGACCUGAUCUAUUCCUUCACAACGGCCUUAUCCUCGAACCGUCUCCAGUAUCUGUGGGAGGCGUUCCCGUCGGACGCGGGGAGCAAUCGCACAACCUAUUUGUUCACGUACUUGGACGCAGAUGCACGACGAGCGAUCACUUUGACGGAUCUCUAUCGAGACUACUUGGGCUUGUUGCCGGUUUAUCAAGGAGGGCAUGCGUUUCAUCGUGGUGAUCGCGCUUUCCUAGACCGCUUGCAGCCACAACGAGCCCUGUUCGGUUUCUUCCCGGCCUACGAGAGGUAUGCGCCACUGCCGACUGCAUUGGAUAACGUCCUUCCAAUCGGUGAUGCAAGUGGUGUUCAAUCACCGUUGUCUUUCGGGGGUUUUGGUGCAAUGCUUCGCCACUUACCGCGUCUGGUCGACGCCAUUUGUGAAGCGCUUGCUGCUGAGGCACUCAGUGCCGAGGAUUUGCGUUGCAUCCAGCCGUAUUUGCCAUCUCUGUCGGUGACGUGGUUGUUUCAACGAGCGCUUUCGUAUCGAGUUCCUUCACGAGCUUCACAGACGCUAGACGAACGAGUUGUGAACGAGAUUCUGGGAUGGAGCCUCCUUACCAUGCAGGAUGACGAGAGCGCAUUGCGGCCGUUUCUCCAGGAUGUCAUCCAGUUUCCGGGACUGGUGCGCACGCUAGCUCGAACUACCGUGCGCGUGCCUGCUCUCGUGCCGCGGAUCCUGGGUCAUAUUGGUGGACCCGUGCCACUCCUCGGCUGGCUGCGGCAUUUGAUGGCACUUGGUGUCUAUGAUCAAGCAAGUCGCCUCUUCCAUUCGGAAAGCGCGCUGUCUUCUUUCAUCGAUGCUCGUCUGAAGGACCCGAAAAAGCGAUUCCGAUGGCAUCGACAGCUCGAGGCGUGGCGUUACGGAAGCGGCCGUGAUCUGCACAUCGACUAG